AACCUCAGCUACGUACUAAGAGAAAGGGCUGAGAGGCGCCAUUGAAUUGAGUUCAAAAAAGAAUACAUGUGGAAGCUAAAGGUUGCAGAAGGCCAAGGGCCAUGGUUGUAUAGCACCAACAACUUUGUUGGUAGACAAAUUUGGGAGUUCGAUCCUGAUGCUGGAACACCGGAGGAAAGAGAAGCAGUUGAAAAAGCUCAAGACGACUACCGGAAAAAUAGAUCUCGGGUUCGUCCCUGCGGCGAUGUUCUCAUGCGAAUGCAGCUCAAAAAGGAAAAUAGCAACAUCGAUCUAAGCAUACCACCAAUGAGACUAGGGGAAAAUGAACAAGUCAACUAUGAAGCUGUUACAACUGCACUCAGAAAGGCCGUUCGAUUGAGUUGUGCAAUUCAGUCAAAAGAUGGACAUUGGCCAGCUGAAAAUAGUGGCCCACAUAUUCUCAUGCCUCCCAUGCUCAUUAGCCUAUACAUUAGCGGAGCAAUCAACACCGUCUUAACAGCAGAGCACAAGAAGGAGAUGAUUCGAUACCUUUACAAUCACCAGAAUGAUGAUGGAGGAUGGGGAUUCUGCGUAGGGGGUCGUAGCACUAUGAUUGGCACGGCACUUAACUACAUUUCGUUGCGUUUGUUAGGAAAAGGUCCUUAUGAUGGAGAAAACAGGGAAAUGGAAAGGGCUCGGAAAUGGAUACUUGAUCAUGGUGGUGCAACUGAGAUACCCUCCUGGGGCAAAGUCUAUUUUUCGGUUCUUGGAGUGUUCGAAUGGUCAGGAUGCAACCCAUUGCCCCCUGAGUUUUGGCUUUUCCCUUCGUUUUUGCCCUACCAUCCAGCAAAAAUGUGGUGUUAUUGUCGCGGAACUUACAUGCCGAUGUCAUAUUUAUAUGGGAGAAAGUCUGUGGGGCCGAUCACGGAACUUGUCAAAUCAUUGAGACAAGAAAUUCACCAACAGCCAUAUGAGGAGAUAGAUUGGAAUAGAGCACGCCAUAGUUGUUGUAAGGAGGAUGUCUAUUAUCCUCACACAUUCAUCCAAGAUCUGCUCUGGGAUGGUCUUCAUUAUGUGAGCGAACCAAUCAUAAACCAGUGGCCGUUUUCCAAGAUUAGAGAGAAAGCUCUUCAAAAAGUAAUCAAGUACAUGCGGUAUGGAGCAGAAACUACCAGAUACAUUACUAUAGGAUGCAUAGAAAAGAGUUUACAAAUUAUGUGUUGGUGGGCGGAGGACCCCAAUGGUGAUGAGUUCAAGUAUCACCUUGCCAGAGUUCCUGAUUACUUGUGGCUUGCAGAAGAUGGAAUGAAAGCACAGUGUUGUGGUAGUCAAAUAUGGGAUUGUACUUUUUUGACUCAGGCCAUUAUGGCAAGUAAUCUUGUUGAUGAAUAUGGAGAUACUCUUAAAAGGGCGGCUUUUUUCAUAAAAGAAUCACAGAUCAAAGAAAACCCUGUUGGAGAUUUCAAGAAAAUGUAUCGUCACAUUACUAAAGGAGCAUGGACUUUCCCUGAACAAGAUCAAGGUUGGGCUAUCUCGGACUGCACAGCUGAAGCAUUGAAGUGUCUAGUACUACUUUCGCAAAUGCCACCGGAUGUUGCAGGAGAAAAAGUGGAUGUUGAGAGACUAUGCGAGGCAGUGGACUUCCUCUUGUACUUAAAUAGCCCUAAAACUGGUGGUUUUGCUAUUUGGGAACCAGCAGUUCCACAGCCAUAUCUAGAAGUGUUGAAUCCUUCAGAACUUUUUGCGGACAUUGUGGUCGAGCGAGAGCACGUCGAGAUCACUGCAACCAUAAUUGAAGCUUUACUAUUGUUCAAACGCUUACACCCAAGGUAUCGAGAGAAGGAAAUAGAGACUUCUGUGGAAGGAGCAGUGCGUUUCCUUGAACAGACACAACAGCCCAACGGUUCUUGGUAUGGCUACUGGGGAAUUUGCUUCACCUAUGGUACAUUUUUCGCUUUAAGAGGGUUGAUUGUUGCUGGGAGUACAUACAACAAUAAUCAAUCAGUUCGUAAAGGUGUUCAUUUUUUGCUUUCAAUACAAAAUGAGGAAGGUGGUUGGGGCGAAAGCGAGGAAUCAUGCCCAUCUAUGAAAUACAAACCGCUGGAAGGAAAUCGAACGAAUUUUGUACAAACGUCAUGGGCUAUGUUGGGUCUUAUUUCUGCUGGACAGGCUGAUAGAGAUCCCACCCCAUUGCAUAAAGCAGCCAAACUGCUAAUUAAUGCACAGUUGGAAGACGGUGAUUUUCCGAUACAGCAAAUAACUGGAGUCUUCAUGAGGAAUUGCAUGCUACAUUUUGCCCACUACAAAAAUACAUUCCCCACAUGGGCACUGGCAGAAUACCGCAAACAUGUUUGUUCUUCUAUCCCAAAAGCCUAGUCAUGAACGUAGUAUGCGUACAAUCCAACGGUGCGUAUGUUUGAAUCUAGAUUCUAAAUAACCAGCAUUGAACCUGUACGUCGACAAGGGGUCAAAUGCCAUGCAAAUAAUGUGAGUUUGGAUGCAUUUACAAUCUUCGUUGUUGCAUUGAAGUAUAAACAAUGCAUGUUCUGUGUAUCUGAGUUGUGUCCAAGUUCUAUGUAAUGUCUGCAAUUCGUAUAUUUCAAUCUGGCUUGAAAACCUUUCAAUAGUUUACGUCGCAGCAACUCUUCUCCACUUAAAUGAAACUUCUAUAGUUUUCUUUGCACUCUUAAAACAAGUUAUUUGACUGGUAUUUAUAGCCAUAUUUACAACCAAACUAGACUCUCUCUCCUAACACCUUAAACGUCAUCCAGGCCAAAAAUGAGAGAAGACUGGAAAACAGGGGAAACAAAUGAUGAGCUUAAUGAUUUCUUAACAAGUAGA